AUGAGCUCUUUUGAUAUACAGUAUGUGUGCAGAGGCUACAAUUAUCUCUUCCCUCGAGUUGAAUUAAGGUGAGUUUUAAAACGUUGCUUGGUAGUUUGCAGUUCUACUGCCCUGUGAUCUAUGUUCACGUCACAUAGAUGAAAGGUGCCUCCAGUUUCAACGUUUUUUCUUUUGUUUAAAAAGACAUGAAGCUGUUGUUGCAGGAUAAGAGAUUGUUAAGAGAAUUCCUAUUCAGAGGUCACAAGGCCCAUACAAUAGAUUAUAAUACUUAAUUAUUAUUAUUUAUUCUUAUUUAUUUUUGCCAGCGUUGGCCGGGACCCCUCUUCUUUGACAACAUUACCUGUUAUUCCAAUCUUAUGCCAUUUCACUAUACUAAGUGACUACCAAGAGAAUGUGCAAAUUCUGUAUUGCAAUUUUUAA